AACUUCGAUGGCAACACCACGGGAAAAAAACUCGCCGCGUUUUUGUUUUUGGUUAAUUUAAACGGAUUUUAUCACAAUUUCUCUCCGAUUUUAUCCCUUCUCCUAAUAUGCUUCUAUAUAUAAUUAAAACUAAAUCGUUUUUUCAAGAUAGCUAGCGAUAAAUUAGUGUUAUCCAGCGAUUAAAGCACCAAAUUGUUGCCACCAAAGAGGAAAACUCAUUAAUAUUUUCGGCUGCUGGGAAAUAAAACAUGACAACUCUAACAAGACAAGACCUGAAUUUCGGACAGGUCGUUGCUGACAUCCUCUGCGAGUUUCUGGAGGUCGCUAUUCAUCUUAUCCUGUAUGUCCGUGAAGUUUACCCCUCUGGGAUAUUCCAGAAGAGAAAGAAAUAUAAUGUACCUGUGCAGAUGUCAUGUCACCCUGAGUUAAAUCAGUAUAUCCAAGAUACACUACACUGUGUGAAGCCCCUCAUUGAGAAGAACGAUGCAGAGAAGGUGGUGGUGGUCAUCAUGGACAAAGAGCAUCAUCCAGUCGAGAGAUUUGUGUUUGAGAUCUCCCAGCCAACUCUUCUCUCUAUCAGCUCAGACACUUUACUGUCACAUGUGGAGCAGCUGCUGAGGGCGUUCAUCCUGAAGAUCAGCGUCUGUGAUGCUAUUUUAAAUAAUAACCCGCCAGGGUGUUCUUUUACAGUACUCGUGCACACCAGAGAUGCCGCUACUCGCAACAUGGAGAAGGUUCAAGUCAUUAAGGAUUUUCCAUGGAUAGUAGCAGAUGAGCAGGAAGUUCACAUGAGGGAGCCAAGACUUAUUCCUCUGAAGUCCAUGACAUCUGACAUAGUCAAAAUGCAGCUGUAUGUAGAAGAGCGAGCACAGAAAACGUAGGCGCACGCUGGGUAAGAAGGGCAGAUCCUGCUGCAAGAGUUUUCCUGCAACAUGAUGUUCAACACAUCCGAUCAGUGCUGGAUCAAUAACUGCUGUUGAACACUUGGAGCAAUCAGGUGCGAAACAGUCCACGUUGCAUAUUUUUUUCAAGCGCAUGCAUGUUGCUGCUGCCAGUGCUCGGCGUCGGAUUAUAACAUUGCAACAAAAGCCGUGAAAAGAAACAACAAAGACCUUUUAUCAAUCUCCAGUUGGUCCGGACAGAUCAUUGAAUGUAUUCCAUAUAAGUGUCAACAUAUUGACCUGUUUUACUAUUUUGAAACAUUGUUUUUAGUCAAACAUGGUAAUUGGAGUGUAGAAAAAAAAACUCUUCGGCCGUAAAAUUCAAAAUGAAAUGAACAUUUUUGGAAGCAGAACAUCUUCAUUCUACAGCAGCCGUUUGUCUUUUCAGGCUCAUUCUUUAUGCCGAUGAGCUUCUUAUAGAGAUUGUUGUUCUGUCACCAAAAGUCAGUCUUUCCUUCUUUAUUUGUGAGGUGAUGUCUGAAGUUACUGUAUUGAUCUGCUGAUGAAUAGCAGCUGCAUUUAUCAGAGAUGAUGGAUCAAACCUGCAGAAAGUGGUUUAUUUUGGUGUGGAGACUUCCUUUGUAAUCCUCUGUAAAUGCACAUGUUUACAAAGUACAUUUGCUACCAAUGUAUUAUGUUACAACUGACUUGUACUGCUAAAAGUAAUCAGAAUAUGUGUAAAAUCAACAGUUUUGAAAUGAAAUAAAACCGGUUUUUAAGUAAG